AUGGACGAGGAAUUUAUCAACCGAACCGAUGGCGAUCUGCCCGGAACAAUGAACGAUAGCCUCAAGGGUCUCGGCCAGGUUCCACAGCUCAGGCCGCUGGAACCAACCAAACAGAAGUUCAACAAUGUCACCCUGAAGUUCCGCAAAAAGAGCCUCUCGAGGAAUCCCGGGCGCCUAGUCUCCAUUGCUCCGGCCGAGAACCUGCUCCUCAAGCUACUACUCCGAUGCCGUCAUUGGCUAAGGCCAUUUGAAACUGCAACCAGAACAAAGCUUGGAGACAUCCGAGACCUCUCUCGGAGGGAAGCACGCAUGGGUAUGGCACGUCACUUGCCUCUUUGA